UGCCAAUUUCCAGCUAAAUGGUCUGGUAGUUGGUUUCAAAAGGGAGUCCAAGACCCUAUCUUAAUCUACAAUGGCACUCUAUCCAGUAAAGGUGUUUGUAGGGAUAUCAGCGGGGACAAGUUUCUUAUAGAGAGCAGAACGGAAUCUUGCUACCGCUGUGUUGUGAUUCAUGAAAAACACAUCAAUGUUCUUCAAUAUAAGGAAACUUACUGCUCCUUACCGAGUGAGCUGCCGAGGCUGGAGGAUUUGUGUAUACAAAUAAGUGGAGAUGCCUUGCUCUAUUCUAUGUUCAGACUUGAAACUACUCCAUUACCAUGCCCAUUUCGAGGAUCCUUCACAUUCACUUACAGUCGAGGCCACGGAGAGUGUGACUACCCGGUGUCCACCACUGAUCCUUGUACUGACGAGUCUCGGAUGCUUUUCAAGUUUAAAGCUUGCGCGAAUGUCAUUACGUCUGAGAGUCGAGAAGAGAGACUGACAUGCCUAGCUUCAUGGAAAGAGGGGUCCACGCGCUACCUGGUGGGCAAAAUGGAGCACAAGGGAACAAAACAGAUGACGACAAGUUUCGUUGUUUUGUCUAUGACAGAAUACAAGACAAUUCCGGUUUCAGGAUAGCUCAAUCUGGAGAUGCAACCUGCGACGGUUUGUUUUCGGCCAUCGAGGGAUCACGUACGAUGAAACUUACUAGAGUUCGUCAUCCUCAUGGAAAAUGUCACUUCCCGAGUUGGAUAUCUGCGGCAGACCGAUGGAGGACACUUGAUACGUUGUGGACAUACGUGUUUAGUGAUCCCAGCACAUCUUUCCAUAUAUAUAAUAGCACUAGCGAAGAGUUGCAGACACGAGCCGUUUGUAACAGCAUUGAUCACGUGACUGACGAUGCUACUCGACUUGUCGUACACACUACAUCCGAGUGCACUACUGGGUUUAUCUGUAUGAAGAUUCAUCUUCGAACACCUCAGAUCAUCGAAAUUCAACAAGGCCUAAUGACUUCUCGUCCAGCUGAAGCGUGCACACCUAUCUACUUUGACACAAGGAAUAGACGAUUUACGACACUUACUUCAUCGACUCCGUGGGUAGGGGAAUGUCCUCUAGUCGGAAGGUACAUGAUCCAGUCCCCACAGUCGCAGUUGGCUCAAUUUGUCUCUGACGAUUUGGAGGACAGCGUGUGCUCCGAACAUUUAGAGUCCGGCUGCAGGGCGGUUGAUCGUCUCGAGUUCCUCAGCGAAUGUUCUUCUGAGAAAAGAGCUAAAAGUUUCCAGUGUCAUGGCAGUUGGAAAGAAAAUGGAACUUAUUACCUUAUUGCUAGUGCACUCAGGACUCGAAGAAGAUAUUGCAUCGUGUUCACUGAAGAUGACAAAACGUUACAUUUCUCUGGAAGCCCGGAUGUUUGUUUGAGGAACAUGAGACUGGGUAGAGACGGAUUCAUCGCCUUUAGCCUUAGCGGUAAAAGCUUGUGCAGCAAUACGAACGGCACUUCUGACCAUGCUUGGCUUCAACUGAUACUAUUAAAUAUUGUAUUAUCAGUCUUACCAAAGCUGAUAUAAUGACUCCGUGAUCACUGUUCAUUCAAACCUUUAACACAUGGAGUUGAAUGUAGAUAUGAAGGACAUGUUAUAAAAAUUACACGAACUUCAAAAAUUAUGUCUCGCUGUUCGUGAAAAUGUCUGUUUCAAAAAAUAGUGUUCAAAGAACAUUUAAAACCGUCUGUGAAAAAUGUGAAAUAUGAAGAAAAGGACCAGUGAAAGUAGACAAAGAUCUGUGUGAUAAAGUUUACAAAUAGAACAUUGAAUAGAUAAGUCAAAUGUUUAAAUUUUCCACGCUGUUUCUGGACAUCUCAGGCUUGACUAAGUUAAGCGAAAAUAUUGCAAGUACGAUCUAAGAAUUGAACGUUCGUAUAAUAUUUGACUAUUGACGUUGUUGGGAGAUAAUUUAAGUCACGUGGUUAAGCUUAAAGCUUUGGGCUUUGUUAUUUAUUUUAAAAAAAUUGAAAAGUACUCCUUACUUCACAAAUGGGAAUUCGGAAUGUUUAGGCAGUUUCUUGGUUAUUUUUUCUAUGUGAUGUGCUUAAAGCAACUUACAUUAAAAAUACCGAAAUGUUAGAGUUUUUACGUACAUUUAACCCCCGCUUCUAUGAUAUACUUAAUCGCUUGAAACUACCGGUGCCUUUAAAUCGUUAUUUCUCAAAUUUCAGAGCGAAUGCUUUCUGGUUUUAUUUUAGAUGUAUAAUUAUAGUCGUGCAUGUAGAAAGUCCGUUUCCUGAAUAUGACAAAUAAAAGAAAUAUUUUAUUGA